AUGUUUCUCAGUGUUUUGGGGCUGGCCCAGCCCCGCGCAGCCUACAGUGACUGCUUUCCCGCAGGCAGUCUGCACCAUCAAGCUGGAACUUUGCAUUUCAUGCAAUUGGGCCCAAAAGCUCGUGAGCGCCUGCUCUCGGCAGUCCCUGCACAGGGCCCGCCUGCCGCCGACGCCCAGUCGGUGCAGACCGCCUUGCCAUCAACCACCGCCCAGGUUGGCCAGCCAUCAGCCACCGCCCAGUCGGCCAGAUUUCAGCCACCGCCAAGGCCACCGCCCAGGUCGGCCAGCCUUCAGCCACCGCCCAGCCAGUGCCCACAACGGCCCCGCCUCGGGUAG